UGGAGUUAUGGCAAUUAACUUGAUGACAAAUGAUACUUAUUCUCUUCCUCCACAAGUAAUAGGAAAUGUGAGAGGUGUAUUAAUUUUUAAAAUAAGUGAAAUCGUUUUGUUCAGGGCACCGACUGCUGUUUUGGUGCAAUUGCAAUGGUGGGGUGAAAGUAAUAAAAAUAUUCAAAAUUUAGGACCUAUUAAAGUACAUAAACAAGAAAGUAAAAAACCUAUAUGCCCUAUAAAUUUCGUAUACAAUAUAUGCACAAGCUUAAAUUUGUUUUAUUCGUACCUAGCCCAAUGUGAAUUGGUAAAGGUUGAACUCGUCACAGCUAUAUCAAAUUUGAAAUUAGGAAGUGCCCAAGUACAAAUACCUCAUGAUUUAUGUCAAACCAAACUAGCACAAAAUCAAGCCGCAAGUGUUUGCAAUAUAACAAAUGAUGAUGGAAUCAUAGUUGGAGAGUUACACAUUAAUUUUCAAAUUAAUUUCAAAGAUGACAUUACACCCCCAAAUUCCAGUAGAAUAACUGAAUAUGAACCCAUAACCUCUAGAAGAUCUAAAUUACAAGAAUUUCCUACAAUCAAUAAUGAUACAAGGCAUAUAGAAAAAUGUUCAGGUUUGCCCAAAAAAUACAGCAAAAGAUCUAAUGAUGAUGACAUAGCUUCAAAUAAUUCAAUAGACAUAGCAAUCUCUAGUCGAGAAAAUGUAUUAAAGUUUUUGCAUGGAGAAGAUAUGAGUGUUGAUUUACAAAAACAAGCAUUGAAAGAUAUAAGAAAUUUAUCACCAGCAAGUAGCUUGAUUGCAUUGGCUGAUGCUGAGCAUUGUUUAACUAAGAAUAGUUCAUGGACUCAAUGCCCAACAAAUAUUAGUUCUAAACUUGACAGUAUUUCAUAUAACACACAAAAGGACAGCAGUAUUUCAAAAUAUAUUGAAGAAAUUUCUAAAAUAACUAAACUUCGAAAACAAAAUGCAAUGGAGUCAAACACAAUUCCUAAAUUGGAUAAAAUUAUUCCUGAGGCUAAUAUUAUGAAACCUAAAAUUGCAGUUGUUGAUAGAUUAAUUAAUCAUGUUGAUAGUGUGCGAAAAAUUUGCCGCUGGUAA